AUGGGCUAUUCUGGAGGUGAGGAUCAUCAUGAACUGUCGUAUCUGUUACCCAUAGCCGUGUGCAUGGGUAUUUCUCUCUACAACGUCCUGGAACUCAACCUGGCCAUAUUAACGACAUUCAAAACCCGAAAGAGCCUCUACUUCUGGAGUUUCAUCGCAGCUACAAACGGUAUUGCGCCGCAUACCAUCGGUUUCUUGCUCAAAAACUUGUGCUCGUCGGACAACUUCAUCCUCUACAUCUCGCUUAUCUCUGUAGGCUGGACUCUCAUGGUGACGGGUCAAUCUCUCGUCUUAUACUCUCGACUUCAUCUCAUAUUUUGGAACCAAUUCUAUCUGAGACUCGUGCUGGCCAUGAUCGUCACAAAUGUCGUGGUCAUGCAUAUUCCCAUCAUCAUUCUAAUGUAUGGCGCCAACAGUAGCGCUUCAAACCCUUGGGUUCACCCGUAUCAGAUAUACGAGAAGAUCCAAGUCACUGUGUUUUUCUCACAAGAACUAAUCAUUUCGGCACUUUACAUCGGAGCUUGUUUGUCUUUUUUUGGUACUGAGGGGUUGCUGCACGGGAAGGGGGUCCAAAGAAUGCACAAGCAUUUACUUAUUGUCAAUGUCGUGAUAAUACUACUGGACAUACCAAUUUUGGUCCUCGAAUUUGCCGACUACUACGACUUUCAGACAGCGUACAAAACGAUUGUCUACAGUAUCAAGUUAAAGCUCGAAUUUCACCUACUCAAUCGGCUCGUUGAGGUGGCAAAGGGCAAUGAAGGAAUCGACUUGCAGCGUGGAAACCAAACCUUGCACGGUCUUCGGUUGGAAGCUUUUGAAAGUGAUGGAGGUUUCUCAAGGUCCAAUGACAGCGAGCAUGGCAAUAUGAAUAGGGCUGUGGAUAAUCAGACAAGCAAGAGAAAAUAUUUGGGUUCGGAGGAUGACAUUUUGACGACUUCAGAUAUAUCUGUAAGCUAUAUCGAGAGAAGGAACGACGACAAUGAAAGUAUGGAUACGGCACGGCCGAUAUUUCGAUAA